AUGGUCCUCCACCCACUGCAGCUGAGGGCCUGCCGAGACCCCCGAACUCCUGAUCAGAAGCGGACAGGAUCUCUACAUAAAGUGCCGGUGUGGGGUGCUGGCUUCGGCAGUGCGGCUGCAGCCUCCCUUCCCGGCAGGGGGGUCCCGCUGGAGCUCGAGGAGUUGCUGGUUCCCAGGAAGAUGGCCAUCAGUCCCCUAGAGAGCUGGCUGACUGCCCGCCAUCUCUUGUCCAAACUGGAUGUCGGGGCUCCAGAGACUGUGACUCCAGGCCAGUUCUACGAGUGUCCACCUACCCAGGUGGAGGAGGGGGCCAAGCAGGUGGACGAAGGGGUCUGGGAUGCACCGAAGAUGCAGUGCAAAAACGUGCUGAAGAUCCGCCGGCGUAAGAUGAAUCACCACAAAUACCGAAAGCUGGUCAAGAGAACUCGAUUCCUACGGCGCAAGGUCCGGGAAGGACGCUUGAAACGGAAGCAGAUGAAGUUCGAGAAAGACUUGAAGCGCAUCUGGUUAAAGGCAGGCCUAAAAGAGGCUCCUGAGGGCUGGCAGACCCCCAAGAUCUAUGUGAAGGUCAAAUGAGCCUGGAGUCCUGCUUCCACACCCCACGUGCUGCUGGUGACCCAUUGUAAUAAACGUCAGGAGGACUCAGU